GAUCCUCUGAUUAUUUUUACUUCCCCUUGGCCCAUGUUUUAACAGAAUUUUAACAAACUGCACUUAAGAAAUAUGUUUGCCCUGUUUUGUUUUGUUUUCUUUCAAUAAAUGAGAUGGCAUCUCCUAGCAGGAAGGAAGCAGAGUUGAAACCCUCAAGUGUUACUGCAACUGGCCUUUAAUUCGGGUGGGAGCCUUUUCACGGGGAAGUUAUUUACUCAUUCAUUAAACAAACACUGAAGGCCUUGUUCCUGGCCCCAUUUUUGGUGCCAGAGAUGUCCCUUUUAGCCUCCUGGGGCCUCUGGUUUUAAAUCCGCUAGUUCAUUUUCAAAGUGGUUCUCUGGUUCCCCAUCCUUCACAGUUUGAGUCACACCCCCAAGUCCCUUGGGGGAUGUCUGAGUAGAAGGCAUAGAGCAGGUCCCGAGGCCCAGGGAGAGGGGCCAGAUGGAUGGAGAUGUAGACAGGACUGGGUUGUUCAGCGUCAUACCUGGGUCCUGACCAACCAUACACCUCAGGCCUGGUCUAUGCACUGGACUUAGGACAGUUCCUCCCUGCUCUCGGCUAAUGGUGACUGCAGGGAGCUUCAUUUAUUCAGCCAAUGUAUAUCGGACACUCCCUUGCCCAUUCAGGGAGGUUCUGGGGACAUGGCAUGACCAAGGCAGUCCUUUACCCUCAUUGAGUUCUCAUUCCACAGGCAAGAUGGUGAUGGCACCGAGUGGUCAGAGCUGUGGGAAUCUGAGAUUGGGGGUUGGGGUUGAGGUCUUGAGACUGAAAAAGGGGGAGUAAGCCAGAGUAAGACUUGUUUCUCUGAUUGCAUCCCUAUGGCUCACCAUCCUCCCUCCUUAGCACCUCAUCAUCAGUGCAUUUCCUGAGUACCUGCUGUGUUCCUGGCCCUCUGCAAGAUGCCAUGCUGGGGCACAGCCCCAAUCCCUUCCUCAUAGGUUCUCAGAGCUUUGUGAAGGGGAUGUGGCCUACAAACAGGAGGGAAGUCAAAUUAUCCUUGCGGUCAGAUGUAGCAUCUGGAUGUUAGCACGGUGGCCAUGGGCUAAGAGACCCUAGGUGCCCUCUUCCCUGGCUUAUUGAAAGCCAGUGGGGUGUGCUUUAAGUCCUCUCAUUUGGGUAGCCUCCCUGCGGUUUCAUGCGUGGGGCAACAUUACCCUCUGCUGGCCUGUCCUGGUAACACGUCUAACUGGCAAAUUGGGAUCUCCACUUCUGUCCACACCUCCAGAUCCUGAGACAGUGGGAGCACAAUGAGAAAUUCUCUGCUUCUGCUCCUCAGCCACAGUCUGGAUUUCUGCAUUAACCUCCUCCUAGGGCUCCCUUAUCUCCAGUCCCUUACCCUGAUCCACACUCAUCCCCCUUGCCCACUUUCUCUCAGAUAAAGGACCUCUUGCUGCUCUCCCUUUGAACUCCAAAUCAUUGCUUAUAUUCUGGUGAGGAGUGGGUCACAUACCCCUUUUGGAAUCUAUACAUGCCAUGAAACUCUACCGUGGGAAAUGCACAUGGAAUUUUGGAUAAGGGUUGAUGAGGUUCUCAAAUUCUCUGCAGCCUGAUCAUGGCCUUCAGGUUAGAACACCUUAUCUUAUUCCCUGACCAUACUUGCAGUUCCCAGAACUAUUCAAGCCUGCCAUCCUCUGCCUAGCUCAACCUCCAGACUCACCCUUCCCUAUCUUCUAGUUCUUUAAGCCUAAAUUGUACUCAUCCUUCAUGUUUCAGCUCCUAUGUCCCGUCCUUCCAGAGAGACCCCUAUCAGAGGUUGGGGCAGGCACCUCCUUUGGCUUCUCUUUGUCUUCUGGGCUAUCCAUCACAUCCUUGGCCACUCAGGGUAGUCACUGUUCUUGUGUAUGUCUGCCCUAUUGGUAACAGGUUCCUGAAUGUGGGUCCCUACCCAUCCCAUAGGGUAAAUCAGAACUAUAGCUGCCUCCUUCCACAUCUGCAGAUCCUGUCCAUGUCACCCUUGGUCCUGAACAAAGUGGAAAGUUCUACCUCUGAUUUCAUCACCUGUCCCAUGUCAGUCGUGGGGGUGAUGACAUAAGUAGGACUACAGGAGGUGAAGGACUAAAGGGAAAAAACUGGGAUCUAAACCAGAACAGAUUGUGAGAGCAUGGCAGCUCGGGUCCUGGAGGGGUAUCAUUAAAACCAUACCAAAAUCAGGCAUGCCAGGCUACUCUGCCCCACGCCUGUGCUGGACACUAGAGUCACAGCAGUGAACAAGACGAACAGUGGUUCAAGUCCUUCCUGAUGCUCCAAUUCUGUAGCAGUUCAGAAAAAAGCCGAGAGGCCUCUGUUGCUCCUGCGCCCCUUUUCUUCCGGGACCUGAAGGAGGCACGCAUGCGCAUAGGAGGUCCACCUUUGGUCCGGAACCUUGGUGGCGGAGCACGGUGGGGCACCCGGCCGCGGGAGCGUGCUCGGCCGGAAGUAGCUGCUGGGGGCGUGGGGUGGAGGUCGCCGUGCGGAACCUGCCGCGGCCGUUGACAAUUCGGAGAAAAUCAGGAUGGAAGCUGUGGUGACCGCGGCGGCGGCGGCGGCGGCGGCGAGGGAACAUGACGAGGGCCGCACAGAGCCCAGUCCUGGGUACUGGGGGGAGCUGAGCUGGACACCAGUCCCAUCCCGACCCCAGGACCAGGUGGGAGCCGCGGAGGCAGCACCAGGGGCCCUGGCCGACAGCCCCCCCGGGGCCGAGGCGGCGGCAGUGAGUACCAUGCUGCGUGCCGUGGCCGCCAGCCGCCUGCCCGUGUGCAGCCAGCAGCAGGGGGAGCCGGACCUGACGGAGGGGGAGAAGGUGGCCAUCCUGCAGCAGCUGUACCACGAGAAGCCGCUGGUGUUCCUGGAGCGCUUCCGCACGGGCCUCCGCGAGGAGCACCUGGCCUGCUUCGGCCACCUGCGGGGCGACCACCGCGCAGAUUUCUACUGUGCCGAGGUGGCCCGGCAGGGCACCGCCCGGCCCCGCACCCUGCGCACCCGCCUGCGAAACCGGCGCUACGCUGCCCUGCGUGAGCUCAUCCAAGGGGGCGAGUACUUCAGCGACGAGCAGAUGCGGUUCCGGGCACCGCUGCUGUAUGAGCAGUACAUCGGGCAGUACCUAACCCAGGAGGAGCUCAGCACCCGCACCCCAACCCACCAGCCCCCCAAGCCCGGCUCCCCCAGCUCCCCUGCCUGCCCGCUCUCUGACCUGCUGCUCCAGUCCUACCAGGAGCAUGAGCUGCAGCAACGGCUGCUCCAGCAGCAGGAGGAGGAGGAGGCCUGCUUGGAGGAAGAGGAAGAGGAGGACGACGGUGACGAGGAAGUGGGUGCGUCCCCCCCUCCCUCCUGCAGACAAAGGGCCCGGCCAAGACUCGGAGGCCUGGGUCCCCGACUCAGAGGAGAGGCUGAUCCUGCGGGAGGAGUUCACCAGCCGGAUGCACCAGCGCUUCCUGGAUGGCAAGGACGGGGACUUCGACUACAGCGCAGUGGACGACAACCCCGACUUCGACAACCUGGACAUCGUGGCGCGGGAUGAGGAGGAGCGCUACUUCGAUGAGGAGGAGCCUGAGGACGCGCCCAGCCCGGACCUGGACAGGGACUGAGCCCCCCCCCAUGCCCUGCCCCCGCCUCCACAAGGCCACUGACCACAACCCAGCUCAGUGAUGCUCUCUAAGGGGACACCAGGGCAGCCCCCACCCCCACUGCCACCAGCCCCUCUGGCUGCGGGCCUCAUCUCCGACUCCUUACCGGUUCCUUUCCCCUCCCUCCCCGUCCCCUGCCUCUGUCUUUUUGUUGCUGUCCCUCUGCACGUUUCUCUUUGUUGAUUUCUCUCUUUUGGUCUUCUCUCCCUACCUUUCUGGCUCUUGCUCCCCGUUCUCUCCCUCUCUCCAUCUCCCGCUUUCUCCCCACUUUCUCUGUGCCUUGGGCUCUGUCCCCACAGCAGGACCCGGUGUGAACAUCCUCCCCUUGGCCCAGGCCAGUGGGGCCCUUUGUGGCAGAGCCAGCCAGGUGGAAUCCGGUACCCGAGGAAGGGCGGGGGGCUCAUGCCGGCCCUAGCAGCUCUCUGCUCUCCCCCUUGUGUCCCUGUCCUGCUCCCAGCACCUCCUCACUGCUGUCAGUCCCUGUGUCCCCUCUGCCUCAGCCUUUCUCUCUCCAGUCCCAGCCUCCCACCCCACCGUGGCCAGCUCUGGGCCCUCUCCCCGCCACGGCCCUGCCUGUACCGCCCGCCCCGACUGCUGAGUGAUGCGGCUAACCGUGGACAGGAGACCGGGGGGCUGCCAGCCUCUGCCUCUCCCUUGGGACCCAGGCUUGGGAGGGUGGGCAGUGCCAGCUUGGGUGGAGGGGCUCUCCCCUCUCAGCCCACUGGCCCCCCUCUGCCCAGCCAGUUUUCCCUUCCUUCACUUCUUCCUCCUCCCCCUCCUGUUUAUACUCCCCAAAUACACAUAGGCUGUUAUCAUGGGUCCUGAGUCAUCCCCCACACAUGGCCUGUUCCAGCGUCCCCCCCAGCAGGCCACAGGGCCUGCCCCACGGAGCCCCCCACCGCCUGGGCUAAUGGGAGCCAGAUGGCCGCCUGGUGACUCAGCUGCCGGCCUGUGAGAACCCAGGCAUCCCACCUUCCCAUGCCCCCACUCCCGGCUCAUGCUCCCCCAGUAGACGCUCGGAGAACAGACCAGCUGCUGGGUGUCCCAAGGUCAGAGAGAUGAGGGCCGGGGACCCCUCCUGUGAGCCGAAUGGUGGCUUCCCACCCUGGGCAAGCCUGGAGGACCUUCCAAACCACCGCCUAAGGCUUCCGAGGACCACAGCUCUGGCCCUGGACCCUCAUGCUGGGGUCAGGGGUCAGGGGUGAGCCUCUGGUCAGGCAGAGUCAGAGCCAGACCCAGCAGGAAGGAGCAGACGAUGCCGAGUGGGGAGACUUGAAUAAUCCCAGCCCGUUACUGAGUAGUUGCCUCUUACGCCAGGCCCUGGGAGGAAGCACCCACCACCCUUUCACGGGGCCAGGGGGGGCCCUGGAGGGACACAUUUCCUGCUCUGGGCUGUGUGGCCGUAGAGGCAAAGCUGCGAUGGGCCCCCCGUCCGGAACCAUGCAGGCCCGAGAGAGCCCCCUGUAGGCAGCCUGUCAGGUCUGGGGGCCACCCAGAGCUGGACAGAAGUGGGAUGGACAUACAGAUGGACGUCCUCAGAUGGAAGAUUCCAGAAGAGCUGGAUGUUGAGGAUGCUGAGGGGCAUCCUCGCCGGGCACCCUGAGCAGCAGUUGCUGUGGGGUUGCCGUCCCAUCGCCCGGGGGAAAUGGCAGCAGAUCCGAGGUGACACGGCCACCGGGACCCAAGUGCCGUCCACUUGUCAGAGCUUUUGCCUGUUAGAGGGGUCAGCCCUUGGUGAUAUGUCCGUUUUUGGUCAGUCUAUCACUUGAUCAUUAAAUUUGUUUGUGAUAUAUUCUGCCGCACACAAAUAUGUCAUAGUAAAAAGAAAACAAAAUGA